AUGGCCGCUCGACCUCAAACUCCGUUGCGCGAUGCGUAUAUCGCGGUUCCAAACUCUACAGAGCUCUCCCAUGUGAAUCAGAUUAACGGCUCUGCUUCUGUCUCUGCCGCUCAUCCAACCUCCUACAUGGCCACGCCCGGUUCGAUUGUUCCCUCGGACUUCCAGGUCCGGGGAGUUCCCGUCCAACAUUCGACCCAAACACCUCAAGUAUCUCGAUUCCAUGAAGAUAUGUCCAGUCGGUGUGGGUCGUCUGUUACCGAUGGUCCUCCUCAUAAUACGAAUAACCUCCACCGCUCUGACUCACAAAUGUCAGCGGCAGUAUCGCUCGCGCCGUCUCGAGCUUCGGGGACCAUAAAAAAGAAACCCUCAUUGAGUAAAAAGGGAAGUUUACGACGGGCCGGGAGCCGGAGGAGUAGCCGUGCAGGGAGUGUAAGGAGUAUGGCUCUGGGUGAGAAAGAGAAGUACGGGAUCCUGGAUAGUGAUGACAUCAACAGUGCAUUUUAUAUUCCAAUACCUACUUCGGGGAGUCCAACGGAUGUUUUGGCUGCGAGAUUCCAAGCCUGGCGUAAGGUCUUAAAGGAUUUAAUAAUGGUUUUUCGGGAAAUUCAAAAAUCGCACGAAACCAGAUCAAAAACCCUCCUCUCGGCGUCGGAUUCGAUGAACAAUGUCGUUUUUCCAAACACAUUUCUUGCAACAGGCGGUAUUUCUGAUGCUACCAAAAUAUUAAAAGAAUAUCAUAGACAGGCGGUGGUAGAAUCGGCGAAGGCAAAGGACGUCGAAUUAGAAGUCAUUAAACAACUUACUGGUCUUCGGUCAGAUCUGCGACAGAAAAUCAAGGAGAUCAAGGGCCUCUCUGGCGACUUUAAAAAUUCAGUGGACAAGGAGCUAGAAGGCACUCGGAAAGCCGUGAGGAAUUUACAGGAAGCCCUUGGGCUGGUAGAUACAGACCCAGCAGCUAUUUCGGGGAAAGGAGACCCUUUCCUUGUGAAGUGUGCCGUACAUAGGCAGCUUGAAAAGCAGAUUGAUGAAGAGAAUUAUUUGCAUCGUGUAUGCAGCCCAUCUACGUUUCCCUGCCACCUUGCUACCUGUCGUGAGCUUGAACGCAUUGUUGUCACGGAGAUCCAGAAAACGUACAAUAUGUAUGCAAAUAUCCUGAAACGCGAUGCAGACGCAGCAUACGAUGCAGCAGGUCAGCUCAUUGAUGGCCCAAUAAGUGUGCCCCAAGAUCGUGAAUGGGACGCUUUUGUAUCUCACAACGACCGCCUGGUCGAUCCUCUGUUACCGCUUCGAGAUUUUCAACAUAUUCAUUACCCUGGAAAAAGUCAUCCUGCAGCGGCAGAAGUGCGCGCUGGCAUGCUUGAACGUAAGAGCAAGUAUUUAAGGAGCUACACACCUGGCUGGUAUGUGUUGUCACCCACACAUUUACAUGAAUACAAGUCUGCGGAUCGAAUCGAGUAUCAAAAUCCAGUCAUGUCGCUAUAUCUACCAGAACAAAAGUUAGGUUCCCACUCUCAAAGUAAUUCAGCAUCCCACAAGUUCAUGUUGAAAGGACGGCAAACGGGUGCGAUGCAUCGCGGCCAUGCGUGGGUAUUUCGAGCAGAAUCUCAUGACACUAUGCUCGAAUGGUACAACGACAUCAAGAAUCUUACUGAGAAAACCGGCGAGGAUCGCAAUGCGUUUGUUCGCAAACAUUCCCGCAAUCUGAGUGGCGGGCUCUACCGGGCGGGUUCUAUCAGCAGCGAAGGCGUCAUGGAUGAGGACGAAGCAGAUGAAACACCAUACUCUGCAGACCGUGUGAUUGCAAAUCAAGCUCCUCCAUCUGUGGAAACGCAAUGGCAGCAGCGCCCUCAACCAGGUGGGAGAUUUCCAAGUGAUAUCAACCUCCGCCGAAAUUCUCACGCCACUUACUCCUCAUCUAGAGAAAGCUCUGGAGAUCCCGACUCAAUAGCGCCAGCCACAGCUUCUACCGAACAAACCAAGAACCAUAUAGCUGACCUCCAGGAUGGGGUCCACGAUGAUACCGCCGAUCUCAGCCAUUCUGGUGUACUCGAAGGGCAGGAUAGUCACUAUGCAGAUUGGAUGGCGGACGCGGCCACUACAACUGCCCCUCAGAAAUCUACGUACUCAUUAUCACAAACAACCUCUAAUCUUGAUGCCUCGAUCGGUUCUCGCAAACUGGCAACUUCCCCUCCCAACCUCUCCCAUGACGGCAAAUCAGCAGCGCUAUCGUCUUCCCAUAUCUCAGCAGAUAAAGGGGUCAGACUGGGGGGAAGUACAGUGUCAUCAACUAUCAACAACAUACCUCACUCCAGCAAUGGAUUGGGGAAAGAUACAACGACACCAUUAACAAUUCCGACAGCCACAGGAGUGGGCACCCCAAAAACCAUGAAAACAGCUUCUGACCAAACUCGCCAGCUACCGACGAUGGUUAGUGAAUACAAGUUGCCUGGCCAAUUUCCUACCGCUGGUGGUUGA